ACUGUCUAGCCAACUGUCUAGCUAGCAUAUCUUAUCAUCUUCUAUCCUCACUCUAAAAAAAAAAAUGGCAAUUCAGUUAAAACCCACAUUCCUCACUCUCCUCAUCCUCUUGACACACUCCACCUCAACUCCAACCCCAACCCCAUGGCCCGAACAGUUCCACUCAGCCAUAUUCAUGACCACCAACGGAACCCUUCUCCAGAAAGUGGACUUGUGGUACGACUGGCCCAACGGCAGAAACUUCAACAUCAUCCAGUCCCAGCUGGGCAAGCUUCUGUAUGACUUGGAAUGGACUAAUGGGACCUCUUUUUAUUAUACUCUGGAUCAGAAUCAGGAGUGUAGAGUCGUGCAUUUUGGAGUGGGGAUUCUUCCGCCGGAUUGGCUGAGUGGUGCUAGCUAUGUUGGGCAGAAGAGGGUGGAUGGGUUUUUGUGUAAUGUGUGGGAGAAGGUUGAGUUUAUUACUUAUUAUGAGGAUGUUGCGUCCAAAAGACCUGUUUCUUGGACUUUUUAUACAGGAAUGACUGCGCAUAUUAUGACAUUCGAAGUGGGAAAAGUGCUUGAUGAUCCCAACUGGCAAGCCCCUGUAUACUGCUUCAACAAUGCCGCUGAGCAGAGGACAAAGGGGGAUUUGAAGAGAAGUGGCAUUGCAGUUGAAUCCGUAGCUAGUACUCAAUCUACUAAUGGUCAUCACCAGGGAAGUUUAAUGCGAUCGCUUGCAAUGAAUCUUACUGCUGCACUCUGAACAUUAAUAGCUAUGACUUCUGCGGUAUAUGUAUUGUGAAUGUCUUCGCAGGGCUUUCUUGAGGCAAACUUUGUUGGGAAUUUGAGACUCUUUCCCGAAUCUCUGAUCUCUAUAUCAAAAUUUUCUAAUCUGAAAUCAGGUUCUCCGCAUAUAUGAUGUAAUGUAUCCUUACAAUUUCUUUGAAUUUCACCAUGUAUCACUUGAACUCUGAGCAAAAGUUUGGGAAAACUUAAGAACCAUGCUGAUUUAGAAUGUUGUUUCGAGGCUCUUUAGACA